CCGGCAACGGGCACGGGCUUGCUAUUGGCCGGUGGGCGCCUUAACCAUCGUCAUCUGUGGAGAGGGACUGUUGCACCCAACCGCCAACAUGCCUCUACCAACUUUUCCCUCCUGCGCCCAGAACAUGCAUCUCGAUUCACUAGAGUCCAGCGAUUACCUGUUCGCGUGAACCAUGAUCCCAUCUUCCAUCUUCGCACAUUCACGCCACCCGUGAACACGAUGAACUCGGGGCGUCCCAACAACGGCUUCAACCCUCAGGCUUCCCCCCAACAGUCGAUUGAUAACGAUGACGGUAAUAGCCGUAAUAACAACACGACCACCACAUUUCAUCACCAGGGACCUACCCUGACCACCACCACAAGUCACACCUGGGAUGGCCGGAGAGCCUCAACAACCACGACGUCGAAUGCGCCGCCAUCGGGUACCGUCGUGCACCACCAUCCGACGGUGACGACUACCAGCCAUAGCCCCUUUGCUCGCCCACCUCAAGCUCCCGUCUCGCGCCCCUCAACCAUUGGCAUUCGACGGCAAGCCGCAUCGCCUUCACCGACACCUGCGCCGGCCUCCGAUGUCGACAGCGACGAGGGAGGAUGGGGAGGAGGUCGCAGGAGGAGCAGUUCGGAGCCUCAACGCCCGCCGCUGGCUCUGCUGAACCCACACGAUGAUAUGGAGAUUCGUCGCCAGAUGACUGCGACACCGCGCCCUUUGCAAACCUUGCAUGAGGAGGGCUCCAGCAGCAAUGUGCCUCAAGCUUCGCGCUUGCCUCCUGUAGUGCCUGCGAAGGACCCAAGACGUCCAACCAUGCCCAGACAAGCUUCGGCCUUCAAUCUUCGUCGCGCUCCUCACCACAACGGCCAAGAGUCUCGCGAUUAUGAAACCGAUCUGGUGGAUCUGUUGGAUGUCAUCGAUCCCGAGGUUUCGACCCUCACCACUCUCAACAAUGUGCAGAAUUCCCUCUUCAUUCCUAACCUGGGAUGGCUCUAUAACCGCCGACCCACGUACGACUUUGCUCCAUCGCCCUCGGGCUCGAGCGACGAGGAGCAAGGAAUGGGAAUGGGAAUGGGAAUGGCCAUGACACCCCAGGAUCGGCUACAGCAGCUCGAAGGCACAGCCGACGCCGACGCCAACGACGUUGGGAACGAUGGUGAUAAUGAAGGUACUGCGACACUGCGCCCGCCUGCCAGUCGCCUGCAAACCACAAAUACAAUCACCUCUGUCAUGACCAGCAUGUCCGAGGGCCAGGGUCACAACUACGCUGUCCUCCCACAUGGUGCUUCUCUGCCCGGCUGGACUGCCGAGGAGAAGGCUAUGCUCAACGACCACGUCCGACAUCUGCUACAUUCGCGCCGUGAGAAGUUCAAACGUGGCAUGCGUGGCUUUGGACGUUAUGUGCGCAAACCAUUGGGCUUCAUGGUAACCCUUUACGCGUUUCUCCUCUUUCUCUUCGGUCUAGCGUGGGUGCUUUUCCUCAUCGGCUGGGUCAGUGUUGGCGGUCGGCAGGCCUACUUUAUUGAGAUCUGCGAUCAAGUUCUUACAGCCCUCUUCUGCGUGGUCGGCAUCGGUAUGGCCCCUUGGCGUUUCAUCGACACGUACCACAUGAUUUUCGUCGCCAAAUACGCGCACAAGACAUGGCGAGUCCGUCGCGAACGCGGUCUUCCAGAUCUCAAAGAUCACAACGAGCUGCCACAUCGCUCGGAUACGCACCCCUGGGAAAAAGAUGAAAACCCGGAUCCCGAGACUGAACUGCCUGUUCUUAGGCCUGCCGAGCAGCAGAAGCUCGAGUACCAUCAGAACAAACUCGCAGACUCGCAUACCUUCUAUAAGCCCCACGAAACCUACACCCACAAUGCCUUCUCCGUGCGUCUCCUCAUCGCCAUUGUGGUCUUGCUCGACUGCCAUUCGCUGUUCCAGAUGGCGCUUGGUGGCACUACCUGGGGAAUCUACUACAAGGUUCGCCCAAAGGCUCUGACAGCUGUCAUCCUGAGCUGCAGUAUCAGCUGCAACAUCUCAGCCGGCCUCACCAUCAGUGUCGGCGAUCGCAAGAGUCGCAAGAAGCUGAUCAUCGAGCAAAUGUUCCGUCAAGGCUUGACUGAAGAGGCGCUCAAGACGUUGCGAAAAGAGAAGGGUUUGGUGGCUAGUGGAUUAGGGAGAAAGGCCUCGAAGAAACAUAAGGGCAAAGGGAAGGGCAAGGGGAAAGCCGCAUGA